AUGGAGCUUGUAUUUUUAGGGAUUGAUGGUCUAGAAUUUGGAGUGGUCCCAUUUCCUGAAAGAGACCGUUUCACUAUGAUGUCGGGCAUUACGGAGGAAUUGUGUUUGCGUGGCCAUAAGGUGUCUGUUUAUGUCCCUGAGUCUUUUAUGAAGGAAUGUCUCAGAAUUAUGGGAGUUGAGUGUGUUUCGAUUGGUGAAUACAAUCAAUCUUACACAAAGGAAAAGUAUGGAGCAGGAAUGCUUUCGGAUUUACGCAUUUUUGUUUCAAAUGAGCACACGAGAAGGAACUUCAACAUUUUUUUUGCUUUAGGCCUAAAAACGGCUCUAAAAAAGGCGCAUUCACUGCCUGAUGGUCUUAUAGUGGACAUUGAAACAUGGGGCGUGGAUACUCUUGCUAGGAGUUUGCACAUCCCCAGCAUUUUUCUUUGGUCAUCACCGCAGUGGCCAGUUCAGAUGAACCCGUCAUUUCCUUCACCUGGAAGUGGACUGAGUGUCCGCAUGAGUGGAAUGCAGAGACUAAAAAAUUACUUUGUUCAGCGAUUAAACUACUGGAUUGCAAAGAUGCAAAAUACAAAAAUGGACGGUUCUUAUGAGUCCUUUGAGACUCUCUUGUAUAGACGGCAUAUCAUUGCACCUUUUGUUUUUGGCUUGGAUGUCGCCCAACCAUUUUGUCCCAAUGUUCACUCAGUUGGUUUCCUGAGUCCACGUAGUAGAGAGACGGAAUCUAUUAAUAGCAUUUGGAUGGCGUGGAUGAACGGAUGUACAGAUGGUAUUCUUUAUAUAAGCUUGGGAUACAUUUCGCGUUUUCCCAGUGAAUGGACAAGGGCUUUAUAUGAAUCUGUCGAGAUAUUUACCAAGAAUACGUUAAUGUGUGUUUUGUGGGAACUUCCUGAUGAUAUGCAUGCAUCAUUGAGGGACAAAAAUAAUGAGACACGUUUUAGAAUAUUUUCGUCAUAUUUAGUUUCACAACGCUCUAUUUUGAAACAUAAAAACACAAAGGCAUUUUUAACGCAUUGUGGAGGUACUUCUGUUUAUGAGGCCGUAAAGAGUGGUGUUCCAAUAUUGGGAUUGGGAUUUUCCCCCGAUCGAAUGGACAUUUGUGUGAGGGCAAGAAAUGCUGGGCUAGGGGUGGUAUUAGAUAAAGGUGCUUUACAUCCCGCUUAUUUUAUCAAUGAGGUUAUGCAAAUUAAAGACAACCUGGAUAUAUUUAGCAACCUCACGAAAAUUAGGCGAAUGGGAUAUGUAAUGGGAGGAUCUAGAAGGGCGGCUGACGUGGUUGAAUUAGUGGUUUCUCUGGGUAUUGAUAAUGAGGAUUUUUUCUGCCGGUUCACACAGCUACCUUUUAUUGAGCAACACGAUUUGGACGUUUUGUUUGCCAUUAGUGGAGUGGUUGCUAUGGUUAUUUUUGCCAUUGUAAAGGUGAUUUGUCGUGGGAAAUUGGCAAAGGAGACUCACAGAAAACAGGACUGA